AUGUCGGCAGCCGUGGCGUGCGUGGAUUACUUCGCCGCCGACGUGCUCAUGGCUAUCUCCUCGGGCGCCGUGGUGCACCGCGGUCGGCCGGGCCCCGAGGGCGCGGGCUCGGCCACCGGCCUAGAUGUGCGCGCGCCGCGCCGCGAGGCCGCCCCACCCGGGCCCCCGGGACCGCCGCCGCCGGUCCCCGUCGUCCCGGGCCCAGGCCCCGGCGCCGCCGCCGCCGCCGCCGCACCCCACCUGCUGGCCGCCAGCAUCCUGGCCGACCUGCGCGGCGGGCCCGGCGCCGCUGCGGGGGGCGCAUCGCCGGCCUCGUCUUCUUCGGCCGCCUCGUCCCCGUCCUCUGGCCGCGCCCCCGGCGCCGCGCCCGCCGCGGCCAAGAGCCACCGCUGUCCUUUCCCGGGCUGCGCCAAGGCGUACUACAAAUCCUCCCACCUCAAGUCGCACCUGCGGACGCACACAGGUGAGCGCCCCUUUGCUUGCGACUGGCCAGGCUGCGACAAGAAGUUUGCGCGCUCCGACGAGCUGGCCCGCCACCACCGGACGCAUACGGGCGAGAAGCGCUUCCCCUGCCCGCUCUGCUCCAAGCGCUUCACACGCAGCGACCACCUGACCAAGCACGCUCGCCGCCACCCCGGCUUCCGCCCGGAACUGCUCCGGCGCCCGGGCACCCGCAGCACCUCGCCCAGCGACUCGCUGCCCUGCAGCCUGGCGGGCAGCCCCGCGCCCAGCCCGGUGCCCAGCCCGGCCUCCACUGUCCUGUAGAGCCCUGGUCCAGCCGCCCUGAGCACGCCCCCGCUGGGCCUGGGCAUGGAGCACCAGCAACACGUCUGCUGUCCCGGGCCUGGGGCGGGGCCGGACUGACUGCCAGUCCAGCCCCUUCCAGUGACCCCGUAGGGGCCCCCAAAAUGCCCCUGCCCCCUUCAAGAAGACAAGGAGGGGGCCUGAGACUGGACCGGGGUUAUCUGGGCCUUGGAGGUUUUGUUCCUGAGGGGUAGCUGGGGCCCCGUGUCUGUAUAUAGCCAUGAUUGUUAACUCUCUUCCCAGCUGUUAAACAGGGACCCCAGGUGGGUAGCCAGAAGGCAUUCCCCUUACCCCUUUGCCGCCUCCCUGCUUUGGGGGAUGUGUGGGCUUUGGGGGAGGUGGCCCAGGAAAGGCACCCCUUAACCAGUGUUCAGACUUGGCCCCCAGGCCCCUCUCUCCAGGUUGGGAUGAAGUGUGCAAAGAGCCAUAGGUGAACCAGGGGUUACCCCCGGGCUGCCUCCUGUCCCCCCAUUCCCCCCCAAGGGGGGCACCCAUCACCCCACUGAAAGCCAUGGAGACGUUCAGGGAAACGGGGUGCAGCCCGGCUGCCCCCAUUCGGGUACUCAAUCUCAGGUGUCCACAGGUUCUGCCCCACUACCCACGGUGGGGGGACAUUUAGCUCCCCAGCAGCAAGGGCGGGGCGGGGAAGGGGGAGGUGGUAGGGUUUCCAUAGGGGUCCCCGUUUUGCUUCUGAGACUCGUGGUGGGGGAAAGAAACGGGGUCUGCCAAAGAGCAGUUUAACUCAUUGGGGGGGUACAAUGGGUGGGUAUGAAUGCAGGCUUAUUUAUUUUCCUGUCUCUGCUGGGGUGGGGGCUGCACUGCCCCCUCUGGGUGGUUGUGCGAGUGUAUGAGUGAGAGAGACUUGGGGGGGAGCUGGCACAUGACCAGCUCCCCUCCUGAAGGGGAAGAGUCCCCGACAUUGGCCUUGUGCAGCAUCACGUGACAAUCAGUCCCUCCUAUUUGGGACCAGGACAGCCAGUGGGAGAAAUGCACCAUUCCCCACCCUUCUUCCUUGCACGACCCCCUGGGCAGCAGGGCCCCUAGACCCUCGGUUGAGGUUCUGCCCAUGUGGGAGGAAGCAGGAGGGCUGACCCCAGAACCCCUUUGGGAUAGCUCGAUUUUUUUGGACCGGGUAGAAUAUUUUUUCAGGCGCCAAUCCCUUCCUUGAUCUGGGCCCCACGAGUGGUCUGUUGUCCUUAGGGGGUGUGGGGGGAGGGUCUGCAUGGACUGAGCUUUGGAUCGGGAAGGGUAAAUACCACCUCUCUCCUGGUGUCUUCCCACUGUGGCUUCCUCUGGAUUUCAUUUUGGACAAUGACCGAAGACCCCCCGCCCUGGAAUGGGAAGGGGACCCAGGCUCCCCGUCCCGGACCUUGAAAGGGCCCAUCCUGCCUUGGGCUGCAGGAGGUCUGUGGCAUCCCCAUCUGUUCCAGAACCUUCUUGUCCUCAUUGGGGGCUGGGGUAUUUGGAUGGCACUGGUGCGGACCCUCACUGGCCCUGGCAGGAUCCAGGGACAGCUGCCCGGGGUCCUGGGGAGGGGGGCGGGAAGCCCUUUUGGAGCUGGGCGGGUGGAUCUGGGCAGGUACUUGCUGGGCUGGUCCAUCUGCCCAAAACCCUUGGUGAGAUGCCUUAGUUGGGGGUGGGGGUGGUUCCAGGGCCUUGUUUCCCUUUGUGACUGUCUGGAUAGCCCUAUGAUUGUCCCAGCCCCAGCCGGUUCCUGUCCACAGAAGGUGGACUGUGGUCUGAGGACCCAGGUCCCUGGCGCCUUCCCAGUGUUCAGGGGCUUGGAGGGACCGGUGGUCAUUGGGACCUGGUUCCAGCCAGUUUGGCCUCUCAAGAUGGGGGGAGGGGGGGCCCCUGCCCUGCCUGGCUUCAUCCCGGUAUUUAAUUAAA